CGUUUGUGCUCCCACCCUUCCCUGUAGGUGAGCUACCUGACCAGACUCUGGGGAGAGAGAGAAUGUGAAAGAGGUAGAGAAAGCCAGGAACAAAGGCAGAGAGUGAGAGAAACACAGACAAAAAGAGCUCUGUGUGGAGGGAAGAGAAAGGAACAGGUGGACUAGAGAUUUGAGUUCGGCAGCUGUUGGGGAGGAAAAACAGUGGGUGUGCUCAGAGCUGUUGCAGACAAGUUUCUUCCCACAAUACCUGUCUCUCUCACUUUCUUAAAUGGUCUGAAGAAAAAGAGGGAGAGUUUUCCGGUCAUUUAAAAACUGACUACCAGAAAGGAAUUUAAAGAUGUCUGAGGAGCAACCCUAUUACGGAAAGCAUGGUGAACCAAGAAAAUAUGACCCCACCUUCAAAGGCCCCAUCUAUAACAGGGGUUGCACUGACAUUGUAUGCUGCAUCCUCUUCAUUAUUUGCAUACUGGGCUAUGUUGCAGUGGGAAUUCUGGCCUGGUCCCAGGGAGACCCCAGGAAGGUGAUCUACCCCACAGACAGCAGAGGACAGUUCUGUGGGCAGGCAGGCACACCUCUGGAGACGAAGCCCCUGCUGUUCUACUUCAACAUCAUGAAGUGUGCCAGUCCCAUGGUGCUGCUGGAGUUCCAGUGCCCAACCACACAGAUGUGUGUGGAGAAAUGCCCUGAUAAGUUCAUGACGCUCAAGAAGGCCUACGACAUUAAAGAGAACUUUAAGUAUUAUAAGAACUUCUGCAAGGAGGGUCUAGAGGGGCUGACUGUAACACAGAUCCUGAGAUUUGGCCUGUGUCCUGCCAUGCUGACGCCAAGUAAACCCUUCACCCACAGGUGCUUCCCUGCCCUGGACCAGAAGAAGGGAGGGGAGAUCACAGUGGGAAAUAACUCUAUGUUUGAUGACGGGGAGGGGAAGAUUAGAGAUGCCAAAGAUCUGGUGGCGGGGGUCAAGAAUGCCACAGUGGUCAUUGAGGCUCGACAAGUGGCCAUGAAUAUCUUUGAGGAUUACACCCAGUCCUGGUACUGGAUCCUAAUAGGGUUGGUGAUUGCCAUGCUCAUCAGUCUCCUCUUCAUCGUCCUCCUGCGCUUCCUGGCCGGGAUCAUGGUGUGGGUCAUGAUCGUCAUGGUGAUUCUGGUCAUUGGAUACGGCAUCGUCCACUGCUCCAUGGAGUAUGUUAGCCUGAAGUCAGAGGCAGGCUCUAAUGUCACUCUAAAGGACCUGGGCUUCCAGACAGACUUCUCUGUGUACCUGCAUAUCAGACAGACCUGGCUGGCCUUCAUUAUUAUUCUGGCCAUUGUGGAGGUCAUCAUCAUUUUGCUGCUCAUCUUCCUCAGGAAUAGAAUCCUCAUCGCUAUCGCUCUCAUCAAAGAAGCCAGCAGGGCCAUUGGGUAUGUGAUGUCAGCCCUGUUUUACCCCUUGUUCACCUUUGCCCUCCUAUCCAUUGUCAUCGCCUACUGGGCCGUCACCGCUGUGUUCCUGUCCACCUCCAAUCAGCCCAUCUAUAAGGUGUUCAAUGAUACGGCCUGCAAUCACUCCAGGAAAAUCUGCGAUCCAGCUAACUUCAGCACCUCCAGUAUGAAGGCGGAGUGCCCAUACUCGAAGUGUCUGUUUGCCUACUACGGUGGAGAGACGGUCUACCACAAGUACCUGAUCGGCCUGCAGUUCUACAAUGUCUUCCUGUUCUUCUGGUGUGCUAACUUUGUGACAGCGCUGGGUCAGAUGACCCUGGCUGGGGCCUUUGCCUCCUACUACUGGGCCUUGGUCAAGCCUGACGACAUGCCUGCCUUCCCCAUCUUCUCAUCCCUUGGCAGAUCACUCAGGUAUCACACAGGUUCUCUGGCGUUUGGCUCUCUCAUCCUCUCCAUCAUCCAGAUCAUCAGGGUUCUGCUGGAGUACAUCGACCACAAGCUCCAAGGAACCCAAAAUAAGUGCACAAAGUUCCUACUGUGCUGUCUCAAGUGCUGCUUCUGGUGCCUGGAGAAAUUCAUCAAGUUCAUCAACAGAAAUGCCUACAUUAUGGUGGCGAUAUAUGGCAAGAACUUCUGCACGUCUGCCAAAGAUGCCUUCUUCCUCCUUAUGAGGAACAUGAUCAGGGUAGCCGUCCUGGACAAGGUGACAGACUUCCUGUUGUUCCUGGGCAAYCUCCUCAURGUGGGYCUUGUGGGAAUCUUUGCCUUCUUCUUCUUCUCUGGGAGGGUGAAGGCCUUUGAGAACACAGCCCCCAACCUCCACUACUACUGGGUUCCCAUCCUGACGGUGGUGGUUGGUUCCUUCCUUAUUGCCCACGGCUUCUUCAGCGUGUACGCCAUGUGUGUGGACACACUCUUCCUCUGCUUCUUGGAGGACCUGGAGAGGAACGAUGGCAGUGCGGAGAGACCCUACCUGAUGUCUGACCGCCUCCUCAAAGUCCUGAAUAAGAAGAACAAGCCUGAACCAGCAGAGUAGAGCUCUCCCAUGUGGUGUGGAGGAGGGCAAAAGCUCUGGUGUGUACAGGUGUGUAAUUGUAUAUAGUGGAGUAUGCCUUAAAGACCGGGUUGGCCAAGGACCUCAUGCUGUCACUCAUCCAGUACCUAUGUGGCAAUCUGUUGUCAGAAGUCCAAACAAUCGCUGCCGUCCUCUGUGGUCGAGUGAGGCGUAUAAA